AUGAAGUUUGAUGGAGAUGAUAAUGCUUAUGAAUUUUAUAAGUCAUAUGCACAUAGUGUCGGUUUUAGCGUAAAGAAGCAUCAAAUCAAGCGAACAAAAGAAGGCCAAGUGAAGCGAAGAACGUAUUCUUGUUCAAAACAAGGGAAAAAAGGUUUUGAUAAAAGGCGUGAGCAUGUAGCCUUUGAAAGACCGAUUUUAAGAGUAGGUUGCUUAGCACGUAUGACCUGCCAAUUAAAAAAUGAUGGCAUGCUUGAGAUUGUUUCUUUUGAAGAAAAUCAUAACCAUGAUCUAGCCCCCACUCCGAUGAAGCAUAUGUUGAGGUCCAAUAGGAAGAUAAGUUAUGCUCAGAAAGCUAUUGCAGAUGAUGCUGAGAAAGCGGGAUUAUCAAUCAAGAAAACUAUUGAUUUACUAGCAGUGCAGAAUGGAGGUCGUGAACACAAUGGUUUUCUGGAUAAAGACUAUCAAAAUUAUAUUGGUACAAAGAGAAAGGCUACAAUGAUUAAAGGAGAUGGCCAGGCAAUCAUGGAUUAUUUUCGUAAAGCACAAGCAGAGGACCCAUCAUUCUUUUACUUGGUGCAACUUGAUGAUGAUGAUGAUCUUAUCAUGAAUAUGUUCUGGGCGGAUGGCAGGUCAAUAAUCGAUUACAAGUACUUUGGUGAUGUUGUAUGUUUUGAUACAACUUACAGAACCAAUGAAUAUGGCCGGCCUUUUGCUCCAUUUGUUGGAGUUAAUCACUUGAAGCAGACAGUAAUCUUCGGAGCAGCAUUACUUUAUGAUGAGACAAUCACAUCUUUCAAGUGGUUGUUUGAAGCAUUCUUGACUGCAAUGGCUGGAAACCAACCCAAAACCAUAUUAACAGAUCAAUCAGCUGCUAUGGCCAAAGCAAUUGAAGAGGUAUUUACUGAAUCCCAUCAUCGUUUAUGCAUCUGGCAUAUUUAUCAAAAUGCUGCUAAACACUUGAGUCAUGUGUUCAAUGCAUCCGACCAAUUUGCUAAGGAUUUUAGUGCAUGUGUAUAUGACUAUGAAGAUGAAGAGGAGUGGUAUAAAGGUUGGGAUGAUAUGCUUACCAAGUAUAAUUUGAGAAAUAAUGAAUGGUUGGAUGGGAUAUUCUCAAUGAGAGAAAAGUGGGCUAUGGUGUAUGGGCGUCACAUGUUUACAGCUGAUAUGAUGAGCACUCAGCGUAGUGAAUCGAUCAAUAGUGUGUUGAAGAAGUAUUUGAAGCCAAAACACAAUAUGACAUACUUUUUUGAUCAUUAUGCUCGGUUGGUAGAAGAUAGAAGGUAUCAGGAACUACUUGCAGAGUUCAAAAUGAGGGACACCAUCCCAGUGUUACAAGCAAAUGUUGAGAUGUUAAGACAAGCUUCAAAGGUGUAUACUCCUAAAGUAUUUAAAAUGUUCCAAGAAGAGUUUGUCAAAGUUUUGGACUAUACUAUUGAUGAGAUCAACAAAAACGAAGUCCGGGUAGAAUAUAAAGUGAGAUAUGCAGGUAGAGGCACUGAGCACUUUGUCCAGUUUGAGUCAUCGUCUCAAGCAGUUGAUUGCAGUUGCAAGAAGUUUGAGUUUAUGGGAAUUCUAUGUACUCAUGCUUUGAAGGUUCUAGACAAGAAAAAUAUAAAGCAAAUCCCAAGACGAUAUAUAUUAAAGAGAUGGACAAAGGAUGCAAAGGAUGGAGACCUAAGAAGUUCAGUUCGAGUGCAAGGAAGUUCUGAGAAACUUAUUGGGAAACGUUACUGCAAUCUACAUUAUAAUUUUCGAGAGAUAUCUACAUUGGCAGCUGAGAAUGACGCAAUGUAUGAGCAUGCAAGUGAAGUUUUUUCAAAUUUGCUAAAGGAUUUGCAGGGAAUGAGAAAAUGUUCAGAUGUUGGAACUUCUCCUGAGGAACUGUGCUCCAAUCACGAAGAAGACCAUCGAGUUGUAGCUGGAGUUAAGACAAAAGCGACAGUAGGGCGACCAAAAGGGAGGAUCAAAGGUGCAUUAGAGCGCCGAAAAAGUCACAAAGUUCAAUCAAAACCACAGGUUCACUUCGAUCUUUCUUUCCUUUUGUAA